CUACCCACCACCAGACUACCGACCAUCACCGCCAUACCCUCCGCAUCCUCCGCCUCUGGUCCGACCAUCGCCAAUCGACGCUGCACUUGUCAGCUCCGCCGGUCCAGUUCGUGGCUCUUUAGCGCAGCAUCUUCACCAUCGCAUUGCAGCGCAGUCCCAUGUUCAUAUCUCGACACGACACACACAUUACAGCGACAUAUCUUCCCUGCAGCUCUCCCAUGCAGUGGUGACCGCAGAUAUUCCAUCUCAAACCAAAACAUACCUGCACAUACGCGUGCUUUCUACCUCUUUGCACGACGCGUACUAACUAAUACCACCUCACACAUACAUCAUGCCGCCCGCACGGAUUGCGAGACGAACGGUGACGGACGAGAAUGCAGAGACCACUGGAACCACACGCUUGACCCGCGCGAAGGCUGCUGCUCUGGAUACCACUGUCGGCGAACCGCCAAAGAAGGCCGCCCUUGCUACCAAGCGGUCGACAGCAACCACAGCCACCAACGCUGCCAUUGGGAGAAAGAGGACGGCGCUUGGAGAUGUGAGCAAUGUUGUCAAGAAGGAUCCCACCGACAAUGGCGACGCAAAGAAGGACCCGCUGGCCAAGGGCAUGCUGUCCAAAACCGCGAAGCCUGCUGGCAUCACAAAGCAGCCCGCCCGCAGCACAUCGACACGCACUGUGCUUGGCCAGAAGACUACCACCAAUGCCUCAUCAGAACUCAAGCGCCCUGCCAGCGGUAGCGGUGUUGCUGCGCCAGCCAGCAAGAAGAGAAACACUUCUUCUACCAAGCCAAAGCGUGAGCUGGAAGAUGACGAAGACGAGGAGAACGCCCCUCCUUCAAAGAAUGCUAGUGUCGAGGUGAAGCGUGAGCAGAAGACGCGAUCUGCCCAUGUCGUCGAGGACCUUGAUGAUGGUGAGAUGACGCUGGAGGAGUUCACCAAGAACGCCAAAGACCUCGACACUGAGGAUAUGGAUGAUCCUCUCAUGGUCGCCGAGUACGUGCACGAGAUCUUCGACUACAUGAAGGAGCUUGAGAUCUCCACCAUGCCCAACGCCGACUACAUGGACAACCAGGGCGAACUGGAGUGGAAGAUGCGCGGUAUCCUCGUCGACUGGUUGCUCGAGGUGCACACUCGCUUCCGCCUGCUACCAGAGACACUCUUCCUCGCUGUCAACAUCAUCGAUCGCUUCCUCUCAUGCAAGGUGGUCCAGCUUGACCGCCUGCAGCUGGUCGGUGUCACCGCCAUGUUCAUCGCCUCCAAGUAUGAGGAGGUUCUUUCGCCUCACGUCCAGAACUUUGUCCACGUCGCCGACGAUGGCUUCAAGGAUACCGAGAUCCUCUCUGCCGAGCGUUUCGUCCUCACCACCCUCGACUACGAUCUCUCCUACCCGAAUCCGAUGAACUUCCUUCGUCGCAUCUCCAAGGCCGACAACUACGACAUCCAGACUCGCACUCUUGGCAAAUACCUUCUCGAGAUCGGCUGCCUCGAUCACCGCUUCAUGAAGUACCCACCGUCGCAAGUCGCUGCCAGUGCCAUGUAUCUUGCGCGCCUCGCACUUGACCGCGGCGAGUGGGAUGCCACGCUUGCCAAGUACGCUGGUUACACUGAGUCCGAGAUCAUGCCCGUCUUCAACCUUAUGGUCGACUACCUCUCAUCGCCCGUGAUGCAUGAGGCAUUCUUCCGCAAGUACGCAUCCAAGAAGUUCCUGAAGGCUUCGAUUGUCCUCCGCGCUUGGGCGAAGAAGUUCGCAGCGAACAGCCUCCUUCGCGAUGCGAAUGCUCCCUCCAGUGGUGGCAAGACUCCUCGCUCAUAGUGCUGUCGUGGACAUUGCUAAACCUCAAUGCAGUAUUGCACGCACUACCAUCGAAGGUCAGCGUCCGUCGUUCGCUGGAUUUCAUGCAAGCCGCGACGCUUCGUGAAUCUGCUCACGAGGGCGACACAUCGAUGGAACUCUAGACCUACUCUCGGCUUUUCACAACCCGGCGCUUAUCAUGAU